AGGAAGGGGAGGGACCGCCGCCGGAGGAAGGCUGGUGAAUCCUGGGCGCGCUCCACGGUCUCCCCCGGCGAAGAAGGGAGAGGCGAUGACUUCGCUCAGCCUCGUUCAGCCCCCCGAAGAGGACGCCCGUGGGAAGAUCAGCAGAUGGUACGUGAAGAGUAUAUUUCACCAACACCAGGUACUGACAUACAGAGACCAGAACCUCCGUAUGUCUACAAUGUUGGCAUUUAUGGCUGGAGAAAGCGCUGCCUUUAUUUAUUUAUCCUCCUCUUGAUCAUCAUUCUAGUUGUGAAUCUUGCUCUGACAAUUUGGAUUCUUAAAGUAAUGUGGUUUUCAUCAGCUGGAAUGGGAUACCUACAGGUUAAUACUGAUGGGCUUCGUCUAGAAGGAGAGUCUGAAUUUUUAUAUCCAUUAUAUGUCAAAGAAAUUCACUCCAGAAAGGAUUCACCCUUACUUUUGAAAUCUUCUCAUAAUGUGACUUUGAAUGCACGCAAUAAUGAUGGAAAUGUCACAGGCAGAUUAAGUGUAGAUCCAGACAUGGUACAGUUCCAUAGUCAACAAUUUCAGAUCAACUCUAUGAAUCUCAAUGAAAAGCCACUUUUUACAGUGCAUGAGAGUGACACUGUGAUUGGUACAGAGAAACUUCGAGUCACAGGUCCAGAAGGUGCCCUUUGCGAACAUUCUGUAGAAACACCCCUUGUCCAAGGUGUGGGAGAUGAUGUCAAAAAUCUAACACUUAAACUUGAAUCACCAACACGGUCUCUCACCAUGAAUGCUCCAAGAGAAGUUCACAUCAAAGCAGAAAAUGGAGAUGUUAUUGGACUCUCUCAUUUGGAUAUCACAUUCCAUAGUACCAAUGGCAUGGUCUUUGAUGCUCAAAAUUUGCUACUGCCAGAUUUGCUUCAAGGAACAAAUGGAGAAUCUGAGAGAUCUGAAGGACUUUAUGAAAUUUGUGCUUGCCCAGAUGGAAGGUUAUACUUAUCAGUGGCUGAUACAGUUUCUACUUGCUUACAAUACAGUCAUAAUUGUCAAUAAAGCACCAGAACACAACUUGA